AGCACCUGGCCUACACGGAGCGGGAGCUGAUUGGCAUGCUGGACCGCGUCAUCCAGGCUGAGGGAGCGCAAGAUCCAGACUCUGAAGAAGUACAUGGAGGCGUACGAGCGCGUCAACCGCGAGCUGGUGGAGAACACCGAGGCGUUCCUGCACAACCCGGUGAACGCGUACCUGGUGGUCAAACGCCUCACCGCCGACUGGAAGAAGGUCGAGGGCGUCAUCACGGAGAACGUCGGCGCCCAGUUUGUGGAGAACAUCACGCAAGUGUCGGACCAUCUCCGAAUCCCCGACGACGAGGACCUGACCGGCGCGGCUAUGGCUUUGAUCCGCCUCCAGGAUACGUACCGGCUCAACACGGCCGACAUCGCCAGCGGUGACAUCCGGGGCUCGCGGCUGAAGCGGCAGCUCACCGCCGGCGACUGCUUCGAGCUGGGACGCCAGAGCUACAACAACGCCGACUUCAAACACACCGCCCUCUGGAUGGAGGAGGCCUGGAAGAUCUGGCGCCAGGAGCAGGAGCGCACGGCGCCGCUGGGCGACAUCCUGGAGUACCUGGCCUUCAGCAUCUACAAGAUGGGCGACAUCCAGCGCGCUCUCAGUCUGACCAACCAGCUGCUGGACGAGGAGCCCGGCCAUCCGCGAGGUGUCGGCAACAAGGCCUACUACGAGCAGGAGCUGUCUAAGGCGAAACGAGGUCAAGCGGCAGAGGAAGGGGGAGACCGGCGAGCCCGAGGACCUGGAGCAGAACAUCGCCAAGGUACGUGUCCGUCGUCUGAUCUGUACUCGAUCCCGAUCUGA